UAAUGUUCAGCUGUCGAUUUCGAUAAAUCACAUUCAAAAGUUCUUGUAAUUUGAAUAAACAUGCUGUUUUCUAUAUAAAUCACUUGAAAAAACAUUUAAAAUGCAUGUGCGAAUACGAAUUUUUGGCAAACCAGAUGCUAUUGUUGUAGUCGAGUCAAAACUUACAAAAAUAGAUCAAUUUAGACGUAUAAUAAGAGAUAAAUUCGAUGUUGAACCUAAGUUACAACGGUUGUUCUACGGGGGAAAGUUGUUAGAAGAUGGGUACACAUUCCAUGAUUACAAUAUUAAGCUCAAUGAUGUCAUUCAACUUAUGAUAAGAAUACAACCAGUAGAAAGUUUAGAUGGUGAGAAAGGACCAGAACCACAAGAAAAUGAUGAAAAACCUGGUGAUAGGACUGAAAGUAAAGAAAAAAGUUAUAAAGAUACGGAAAGCAAGCUUUACACAGUUGGUGAUUUAGUAGAUAUGAAAGAUAGAGAAAAUGGAGCAUGGUUUGAAGGAAAAUUAGUUCGCAUAGUAUUAGAUCCAGAUGUAAAUUAUGAGAGUAAAGAAAAAGCAGAAGAAAGUUUGAACACUAGUGAUAUAUCAUAUGAUAAAGAAAGUGAUGUUGAAAAUAAGCCACCAAGUGAUAGUUCUGAAGAAGACACUAAGUCUAAGAAGAAAGGCAUUGCUAAGUAUUUUACCAAAGCUGCAAAAGGAAGAAAACAAACAAAAGAAAUAAAAGUGGAAGCUGUCAAAAUUACAGAUGACAAUAUUUUGUAUAAAGUACAAUUAGAUGCUGACGAAGAGGACUCUGAUUUAUAUUGUAAAUUAAAAGAAAUAAGACCAAGAGCUAGACGAGAAAUAAAUAUCAAAGACUUGAAACCAGGACAAACAAUUAUGUUAAAUCAUAACACUGAUGAUCCUCUAGAAAAGGGAUACUGGUAUGAUUUCAAAGUAGACGAAGUUAAGAAACUACGUAUAAACUAUGAACUGGUAGGAACAUUAUAUUUAGGGCCAGAUUCAAUACCUCAAAAUGACACCAAAGUCAGAGUUCAUGACAAGAUAUUUGCUUUGGAACAACCAGUGCCAGUUGUAGAAAGAAAUAAUGAAUAUAGAAAACUUAUAUCAGAAGCUCCUGAAAAAAGAUCACAGCCAUUGAAUUGCUUAAAAUGCCGUGACGAUGAGGAUUCACCUUGUAAAGAGUGUGGAUGUUAUCUGUGUUCAGGAAAAGAAUCCCCAGAGAAGAUAGUUUUAUGCGAUGAAUGUAACAAUGGUUUCCAUAUGAAGUGUCUUACUCCUCCACUUACUGAGUUACCUGAAGAGGACUGGUACUGUCCCUCUUGUAAACGUGAUCCCAAUGAUGUCAUAGCCCCUGGUGCAGCCAAACAGACAAAGAAGGGUAACGCCUCUAAAACCAAUCGCGAUUGGGGAAGAGGGAUGGCUUGUGUUGGUAAAACUAAAACAUGUGCUAUGCCACCUAACCAUUUUGGCCCUAUUCCGGGUAUAGAAGUUGGAAUGUGCUGGAGAUUUCGAAUACAGCUAUCGGAAUCCGGUGUGCACAGACCACCUGUGUCAGGCAUACAUGGUCGUGACGUCGAAGGUGCCUAUAGUAUUGUAUUAUCUGGUGGAUAUGAAGACGAUGUGGACUAUGGGAAUGAGUUUACAUACACUGGCAGUGGUGGACGAGAUCUCUCCGGAAACAAGCGUACAGCUGAACAAUCGUGUGACCAGACCCUCACUAGGGAAAAUAAAGCACUGGCACGCAACUGCGCUGUGAAAGAAGUGAGUGAGAAAGGAGCAGAUGCACGCGAAGUGUGGCAGCAAGGCAAGCCUGUACGAGUUGUACGGUCUUAUAAAAUGCUUAAGCAUUUCCCAAAGUAUGCACCUAAGGAAGGCAUAAGGUAUGAUGGUAUCUACAAAGUAGUGAAGUAUUACCCAGAAAAGGGUUUGUCCGGAUAUCGUGUAUGGAAAUACUUGUUACGGCGAGAUGACCCCAAUCCAGCGCCUUGGGAGCCAGGCGCUAAGCAAUUCCCUAUUGUGUAUCCAGAUGGAUAUUUGGAAGCCGAGGCUGAGAAAAAAGCUUUAAAGGAGAAAGGUAACAAAGGUAAAGGCAAUAAGAAAAGAGCUCUGCGUGAAAGCAAUAGGAGUUCGUCUGAAUCUGAAGCAUCUCCUCCUCUUAAGAAACGAAAGACUCAGGGGAGUAAAAAGGCACAAGAGAUUAAAAAGAAAGAUGUAGCUAAUAAGUCGCUAAGUCCAAAGACGAAAAUACCAAGUAUGUUUACAAAAAGUCCCAAAUCCAAUAAAAAGAAGAAAGAAAUUGGUCUUACUUCAGAUGAGAAGAAAGCUCUUGAAUCGGAUACAUUAAAUGCUAAACUGUGGGGAGAAUGUCUUGAUAUUUGCGAAAAGCAAGGCAAAAAGGAGUUUAUAGAGCAUGUCACACAAGUUUUCUUAUGCAUUAUAUGCCAAGAAGUGGCCGUCAGUCCGGUGACAACGCCAUGCUUGCACAACUUUUGUAUGGCUUGUAUGAAGUUGGCAUUCAAAUCAAAUGAAUCACAAAGCUGUCCUUGUUGUCGACAUAAUCUUUCCAAAGUGGAGUUGCAACCGAAUGAAAAUUUAAAAACCGCAUUACGUACAAUUCUGACCGGUUAUGACGCCGGCAAGAAAUAGAAAAUUCAGCUUAAUUUGGACAAACUAGUACCGAAGUUGAAGGCCAUCUC